AUGAAUUAAAAUAAUUUAAAAGUAUAUUGUAGAGUAAUUGGUUUGAGACAAAUAGAUAUUGAUAUAGGAGCAAUCGACUCCCUGGUGAUAAAUGAAAAUCGAAUAAAAAUUAUGGAUUAUGAUAUCAAAUUUUGUUAAGUUGUUAAAGAUUAGCAAUUGCAAUUUAAUAAUCAAAUUUAAGAGUAAGAUCAAUGGUUUAUAACUUAUGGAGAAUGUGCAGUAUAAUUAUGUAGAUUAUUAUAGUCUGGUAAAACAACUGCUAUGUUCAGAGAGGAUGGAGUUAUUCAAUAAAUAGGGUAGAUUUACAUAGACAGCAAAAAACAAUAGGAGAUUUCACUUAGUAUGAUCGAAAUAAGACAAACUAAAUUAAUUGAUAUGUUCACCUAAUAGGAAGUGAAAUUGAUCAAUUCAAAUGAGAGUUUUAAUUGCUUGAAUUUAAAAAAAGUCUCAAUAUAGAAUGUGGAUUAAUACUUAUAAAUUAUUAAAUCAGGUUAUGAGAAUAGAACUUAGGGUGAUUGUAAAAUGAAUAACAUUACUACAAUAUAUCCUUUGAUUGUUAAAUUGGAUUUCGGAAAUUUUGCUAUCCAAUUUGUUGAUUUAGUAGGUUCUCAAAAGGCUAAAUAUUGUUCACCUGAAGCUAUAAAAGAAAGUAAAUUUGUAUCAAUAUUCCGUAGUUACUUUUAAUAAUCAAGCAUUAAGUCAGAUUGAUAAUAUUUUGAAUACGCAUAAUGAGACUUAGAGAUUACUAUUAUGCAAUGCACAUCUGGUUACAAAAGUAUUAAAAAAUGCUUUUCGUAAUACUUCAUUGACUAAUUUAAUCGUUUGUGUAUCAGCUGCUAAUACUUUUGAAAAGGACACUUUGAAGAUAUUGAAACAAAUUAAAGGAUUAUGAUAUAUAUGUAUUUAAUUAUAUUUGGC